AUGCGACGCUCGGACGAGUCGGAAUCGUCGAAUUCUGAUUCGGAGGGAAUGACGCCCGACAUCAGCGACGAGUACGAGAUCCACUCGUCGGCCACGGAUGAGCAGUGGGGUGAUCUGAUUGGGAUGAUCGCUAAUGAGGAAUGGAAGAGCAGCGAUGCUUCAACGACCCUACUCCUUCAACAUCUACCCUCUACUCGUAUUGUUAUUGCCGUCAGAAAAUCUGACGAAUCCUCUGUCUUCGGCCGUCGUGCCCGGAAACUGAGG